AUUUUAUGCUUUUCUAUGACAUUUUUAUCCAUAGAGUCAGUCCUUCGUACAUUAAAUCUUGAUACACCGAGGGGUUGUCGUAAUGCGUUAACUGCUGGCGCGGUCGGUUACAGCACCUACAUUUUAUAUCGUUACAUCAUUUACCGGCUCUAUUUACAUCCAGUGAAUCGGAUUCCAGGUCCUUCAGUGGAUUGGAUACCUUUUAUGGGUAAUAUGAAAACGAUACUGCUUGAAGAGCCACCUCUACCCCAGUUACGGUGGACUGAGAAAUACGGUGAUAUCGUGGCCUAUCAUGGCCUGUGGAAUUCGCCUCAUGUUCUAAUCACCGAUCCUGAGAUUUUGAAGGAUGUCUUGACCGUUCGUCACUACGAUUUCAUCAAACCACCCGAUACCACUGCAUUUCUCGUCAGGUUCAUAGGCAACGGUAUUCUCGCUGCGGAAGGAGAGGCGCAUCGUCAUCAACGGAAAAUGUUGAACCCAGCGUUUAGUGUGCAAACCCUAAGGGACAUGGUGCCUUUGAUGAGCGUGCCUGCAGGUCAGCUACGGACCAAAUGGCUCAAUGGAUUGCGAACGGACGAAUGGACCGAGAUCGAUAUUUCCACCGGUCUUUCGUUGGCGGCAUUGGAUGUUAUUGGCAUUGCCGGGUUUGGUGAACAGUUCCGUUGUGUGCAGAAUGCAGGCACACCGAGAGCCAAUCGUUUAGCAGACGCUUACAUGGGCAUUUUCAACAACGACUUUUCCAGUAUGUGGGUGCUUGGGUUCUUUUUUCCUAUUUUGCAGCAACUUCCCACUCCUUACAAUCGCCGAAUCAGACGCUAUUUGCAAUGGAUGCAAGAAGAUAGCCGACAACUGGUGGAACGGGCCAUCGAACAACAUAAGAACGAACCAGAGCAGACGUCUAACAACUUGUUGGGACUCAUGUUGCGUGAAAUUGACGAAACAACCGGUCAGCAGACAACAGUUUCCGAAUUGCAAAAUCAAUGCCUCACCUUUCUUGCUGCUGGACAUGAAACCACAAGCGUGGCAUUAACUUGGUGUCUGUGGUUUUUGGCUCGACAUCAAGAUGUUCAGGAUGAACUGAGAGCUGAAAUCAAAACAACUUUUGAUGACACCGAUAUGGAUCAUCCCAUGUUCACUGACCCGUUGCAUAGCCCAUCCGACUACCGUGCGGAAGAGGCUGAUAUCCCAAAUUACGAGGCGAUUCAUCAGCUUAAACUAUUAAAUAACGUAUGCAAGGAGACACUACGUUUGAUCCCUCCUGUCUCGCUUACGAAUCGUAUGGCUCUCAAAGACAUGAUUUUAGGUCAAUACCUUAUACCCAAAGGCACCGUUCUCAUUUUUAGUCCCAUGGUAACGCAUCAUCUAAAGAGUAUCUGGGGAGACGAUGCCGCCGAAUUCCGUCCUUCCCGCUGGAAUGAACCGGCGGCUGCCAGUAUCAGUCCAUAUACAUAUAUGCCUUUUUUUGCAGGAGGACGCCAAUGUAUUGGUCACCGCUUCGCUAUCAUAGAGAUGAAAAUCAUGCUGUCUUUCCUUCUCCGUGACACGAAAUACACUGAAAUUCCCGGCAUGCAAUUCCAGAAAAAGCAGCAAGUCACGGUUCGUCCUGUGCCCUCCAUGAAGCUACGAGCUCGCAAAAUUUGAAAGCUCCUCAGUAUCACUCCAUAUCAGAAACACAUGUCUUGUAUUUAUCAUCAACGUUAUGUCAUGAUUAUCACCUGCAGUCAAUCAAGUAUCAAAACAAUCAUCCCACCGGUUUC